AGGACUUCCCUUUUUUUUUUUUUUUUUUUUUUUUUUUUUUUUAUUUCCUUCUUUUCUGGAAGUCACAUCCACUACAUGGAACCAGGCAAUGAUACAUGGAUUUCAGGGUUUCUUCUUCUGGGGUUUUCAGAGGAACCAGAUGUCCAGUCCCUCAUUUUUGGACUAUUCCUCUCCAUGUACCUGAUAGCUGUAUUCGGAAACCUGCUCAUCAUCUUGGCUGUCAGCUCAGACUCCCAUCUCCAUACACCCAUGUACUUCUUCCACUCCAACCUGUCCUUUGUAGACAUCUGUUUCACCUCCACUACCAUCCCAAAGAUGCUGUGGAAUAUCCAAACCCAGAUCAAAGUUAUAACCUAUGAAGGUUGCAUCACACAGAUUUAUUUUUUCACACUCUCUGCAGUGUUGGACAUCUUUCUCCUGACAGUGAUGGCCUAUGACCGCUUUGUGGCCAUUUGCCACCCCCUGCACUACACAGUCAUCAUGAACCCCAGGCUCUGUGGACUACUUGUUCUAACGUCCUGGAUCAUAUGUCUCCUGAAUUCCUUGUUACAAAGCUUAAUGGUGUUGCAAUUGUCUUUCUGUAGAAACUUGGAAAUCCCCCACUUUUUUUGUGAACUCAAUCAAAUGAUCCAACUUGCCUGUUCUGAUACCUUUCUUAAUAACAUGGUGAUGUAUUUUGCAGCUGUCCUGAUGGGUGGUGGUCCUUUUGCUGGUGUCCUUUACUCAUACUGUAAGAUAGUUUCUGCCAUACAUGGAAUCUCAUCAGCUCAAGGAAAGUAUAAAGCAUUUUCCACCUGUGCAUCUCACCUCUCAGUUGUCUCCUUAUUUUAUUGUACAAUGCUAGGUGUGUACCUUAGUUCUGCUGCUACCCACAGCUCACACUCAAGUGCAACAGCCUCUGUGAUGUACACUGUGGUCACACCCAUGCUGAACCCCUUCAUCUACAGUCUGAGGAAUAAAGACAUAAAGAGGGCUCUGAAAGCCUUCUUUGUGAAGCAAACUACUAAAUGA